CGAAUUUAAGCGGUCGCUUCCGUGGGUCACAUCCACCGGGAAGAGUUGGACCGGAGUGUGGGUUAUUUUGGAUCUGCGAUCUGAUCGUUUUUGCAUAUCAUCAACCUCCGCCAUGGCAGCUCCGUUUUUCUCAACUCCGUUUCAGCCUUAUGUCUAUCAGAGUCAAGAAGAUACAGUUACACCUUUCCAAAUUCUGGGUGGUGAAGCACAGGUUGUUCAGAUAAUGUUAAAACCACAGGAGAAGGUCAUUGCUAAGCCUGGUUCAAUGUGCUACAUGUCUGGUUCCAUUGAGAUGGAGAAUACUUAUACCCCCGAACAAGAAGUCGGCGUUGUGCAGUGGGUUUUGGGUAAGAGUGUUAGCAGUGUGCUUCUUCGAAACACCGGCCAAAACGAUGGUUUUGUCGGUAUCGCUGCACCUUCUUUGGCUAGGAUUCUCCCAGUUGAUCUGGCAAUGUUUGGUGGGGACAUCCUUUGCCAGCCAGAUUCAUUUCUCUGUUCUGUCCAUGAUGUGAAAGUCGUAAACUCUGUUUACCAGAGACAUAGAGCUAGAAACAUUGCUGCCGUUGGCGCUGAGGUGUUUCUAAGACAAAGGCUAUCUGGUCAGGGACUUGCUUUUAUUACUGCCGGUGGCUCUGUUGUACAGAAAAACCUGGAGGUGGGAGAAGUUCUCACCAUUGACGUUUCUUGCAUUGCCGCUCUCACUCCCUCCAUCGAUUUCAGAAUCAAUUACCCUGCUCCACCUGUAAGACGGGUAGUGUUCGGGGGUGAUAACGUAGUAACAGCGACCCUGACGGGACCAGGCAUCGUGUUCAUCCAAAGUUUACCAUUUCAUCGGCUCUCCCAGCGAAUCGCAAGGUCUGUGACUUCCCCUAACAUGAGGGAAAAUCCACGAUUUUUAGUUCAAAUAGGAUUAUUCUUGUUCCUUGCGUACGUUGUAAUUGCAUCUUCUUUAAUCCUUACCGAAAUGUGAAACAUAGAGAGACUUCCUUUUCUUUUUUUCUUUUUUUUUCCUGCUAGUGUUGUUGCGUAGAUUGGACAUGUAAGAACAUACUUUUAAAACCAGACAAACCACACAGCAUGAAGAUUUCAUGAGUUGUUCAUCAA